GAGUUAGAAUCAAAGAUGGCGGCUGCUACGUUGGAAUACGAAGCGAUCGAUGCUUCUUCGAAUGUGCAGCCCCUUGUUGUCAAUUUCACGAAUGGAAACUUAAAGCAAAACAGUGCGAGUAAAAGGAUACGAUUUGGUUGUUAUCAUUGGGCGGAUAGAGGAGAUAAAAGAAAAAGACAGAGGAAAACUGUGAUUGCAGAAACAGAUGGCAUGGAAUACACUGGUUGCAACUUUGGGCAAUUUUCAAGAUCAAGCGGUCUUUGCAAGUAUGUUCUUGGCGUUUACAAUGAAAGAACAGAAGUAAUGAAGAUGUAUGACACUGAAAUGGUCACACUUCAACCAAAAGUCCUGGAUGCCGGAAGUACUGAGACAAACCAAGGAGAGGAUGAAGAGGACAAUAAAAUUGAUCUUACUUUUCUCCAAAAGAAUGACCUCCUAACAGAAGCUUUUGGAAGUAAAAGAAAGAAAAGGGCAAUGGCUUCUCGACAGCGAAACAAAGUAGAUGACACUGAUCUGAAUUUAAAAGUUUCUGACGUUUUAGAGUCAUUAGCUAAGGAACCUGUAGAAGCAACAGAUGGUGUAGAGCAGCAAUCCACCAUUCCUCCAUAUAAUUUGAAGGCUACAACAGCAGCUGAUGUAUAUAAAUUAAAUGAUAUUAUUUCUCCUGGGGAGUAUGAAGCACUACAAAGAAUUUCACAGGAAAUCAAGAAUGCAGACAAAGAGAAAAUUUCCGAAUGGAGAAAUGAAAAGAGGUUCCCAGAAUAUGUACUUCAGCAUAUCGCUGUGAUGUCAGUCAAGUCUACCAAGCGACUUCAUCAAUCAUGUUGCCUUCUGUAUUUAUCAUACAUGAUGACACUGUACAGUCUCAACUAUCAGGACCUCAGGAAGAAAGAUCCUUUACCUAUGGUACCAGCUGGGAUUAAGAAGAAACUGUUAUCCUCAUUUUCUUUGGAAAAGGGAAGAUCUAGGGCGGUUCCAAAACGACUGAAGGACAAGUUAGUGUCGUAUAUAUUAGUGCUGGCUUUGAUGAUAGAUGAAUUUUCAUUAGACUUUGCAGUUAUCAUGAAAGACCUCAAGAUGCCCAUCCCAAGAUUAACAAAUCAUCUGAAAGCAGUUGGCUGUAUUAUAUCAUCAUCGAGAGUGGGGCCAGGAAAGAAAAAAAUGGAUGACGGUACCAGUAUUGUAAAUAAAACUGCUGUUCUCAAGGUUCCUCUCCCUCCUCAUUUCCCAUCAGGAAGACCUAUCAGUUUCACUAGCAAAUGAAGCCCAUAUUUGUCAACCUUUUCCCAUAUUAACAGAGUAUAAGAUGUACGAGUUAUGUGAAUAAAUUCGAAGAUUGAUAACA